ACCAUUCGCAACACGUUGUAAACACUAAACCAAAGUCAGCUGUAUUCAUGCUCGCCGCGCGUGCGGGCUGCUUCACAUCGUUGUUGCGUAGCUUGGGCGCAGCUGAUUAAGCCAUUAAAUUGCUUUUAAAACGCAUCCCAAGGUCGGAUCACGCAAUGAUGCAGGCGGCUUCAUAGCAUGCGAAUCCCUCGACUUCCGUUGAAGCAGCUGCUGAGAACAUUUCAGAGGCGACCAGACCAACCGGCGAACAUGACGUCUGUGCAGCUCGCAGAUAUGAGGAAGCCGUACGUGUCUGGGACGCUUCUAGAAAAGGACUUGCCGACCCGGGAUCCUAUCGAGCUGUUCGAGUCGUGGUUUAAUGAAGUUAAAGAUUCGGGUUUCAUGUUCGAACCAAACGCUGUCACACUUGCCACGACUACAAAAUCAGGAUUCCCUUCAUCCCGAAUGGUUCUCUUGAAAGGCUUCGGAAAAGAUGGCUUCGUAUUCUUUACAAACUAUGAGAGCCGCAAGGGAAGAGAGCUGGAAGAAAAUCCAAAUGCAUGUUUGCUGUUUUACUGGGAUAGGCACUACCGGCAGGUUCGCGUAGAAGGCACGGUUGAGAAGGUGUCUGAAGAGGUGUCCGAGCGCUACUUCCACAGCAGACCACGUUUGACGCAGCUGGCUGCUGUUGCAUCCACACAAAGUGCACCUUUGGAAUCCCGGGCUGCUCUUGAGGCUAAGUUCAAAGCCUUGGAGGAGGAGUACAAGGAUUCAAGCAAGGAAGUUCCAAAGCCAUCUUGGUGGGGAGGUUACUGCCUGGUCCCAUCGCGCAUGGAGUUCUGGCAGGGACACUCCUCACGUCUGCACGACCGCAUUGUAUUUCGAAAGGGCAGCCCAUCUGGGGCAGCACAACUGGCUGUGCCUGGCUGGGUUAUGGAGAGGCUGUACCCCUGAGUUCUGUCCAUGUUACUGCUUUUAUUUUCCUGUGUCUCACUUGGCUGUUUGUUCACCCUUCUUUUGUUUUCCCUCACUCCAUCUGUGUUCUUUCAUCGCUGUGGUCACUGGUGCAAUCCAUAGCAAAAAUUGACAAAAGUAAUGCAGCUGUAAGCUUUCCCUUUUAGUCAGCUAAGCUGAUUUGCAGCUACAGUUAACACAAUAAUUAACUAAAGCCAAAUACUGGUGGCUGCAUGGCUCAAAAAGUGUGAUAUAUACAGCACGGAUGCUUCCAUACUACAGUUUGGCCCAGCCGCAUCAUUAUUAGAACAGUUCGCUCACAAUAAUUCAAUAUUCUGCAUAAUUCAAAUCGCUCUUAAAAUUUAGUUGGUCCACUGUACUUUGAAAACAAUUUGAAGCUGGUUAAUUCGAAUAGCCCUUUCGGUUAAUUCGGUCAGUUCGAGUUGGUGGCUUUGCAGAGCAGGGAAAUGUGGCCAGACAUUCAGUUUCUUACUAGGUCAUGUUUGUGGCUAACUUUCAUAUACUGGUACCUCAAAAACGAGAGUAUAGGUAUCAGAUCAAUUUAUUGGCCUUGUUUAUUGCCAGUGGUAGGCUGUUAUGUGUCAUUCUUUCUUGCCUGUGUUGCAUCAAUUGUCAGAAUGUUCGGUAAUUCAAGGCUCAUUCGAACUGGUUUAAUUUGAUGUUUAAUAGUAUUGAGCUGAACAGUCGCAAGCUGGGGUGAUGUAUUGUAUUUUUGUUUAUGACAUUAGCAUGAAGGACAGUACACGAAGAGAGAACAGGGCAGGACAGUGUCCUGUCUUUCAUUGUUUCUUUCUGUGUAGUCCCUUGCGUUAGUCCUAAUUAUGAAGGUCUUCAUUUAGGUAUAGCAUUAGGUACUUGUGAAACCAUAGCCUGAAUAUAGAUGCUGAAAUGUGCCAUCCUAGGGCUAUUGCAGCACACAUGGUAUGACCACCAGCUCUCUGUUCUGUGCAUACAGUAGUGCUAUGAUUCCAGCUGGUAGCUGGGAAGAAGCCGUAAUUGCUAGAUGGCAACCCCCUUUUUUUAAGUGUUUAUCUGAUUGUAGUGUGGCUGUUAGAGUAAUAACACUAUGAUGUAUCAAAUGAUGGUUUGUAUAGUUUGAGCCUUUGAACAAGAGAUACAUUUCUGACAACAAACAGAAGCUUUCUUUUUAUUGCUUAGGUGGGAAAGCCACUCACAAUGUGAAAAAAGUAGUGCAGUUUCACAUUACGCUUGUGAAUGACUUUGUACCAUGUGCACACUAUGUUUGUGCUCUAUAUUUUCGGGACCAUGUUACCAUGUGCCCCAGGUUACUGCUUUUUAAUCAAAUUCUUGUUAGCACUUCUUGCUCGCUUCUUAACACAUUGACAUGCGAGUUUUUAAGUUAAUUACUUUCAUAUUUAGGUUAAGAAAAUACAGUCAAAGGCUAUUUGUAGAGCAGCUCAAACAUGGAAGUUUUGUAAAUAUAUAUUUUGACUUCUGCUGCCCUGUUUUCUCUCAGGCACCAGUAUUGCUGUUGCCAUUCUCUGUCAGUAAGUUUAAAUGCAUGCCUACAGCAAUUCCACUGUGAUUACUAUACUUUCUGUGUAGUAGACGGCCUACACACAAGCCUAUUAGGUUACAUGUUGACUUUUUGUGGUGGCAUCAUGUUUCUAACACACAGUCAGAUUGGACAUGGGAUGAUAGGGUUGAUUGCUAGCUCUUAUACCAUACUAUGUGUAUUUGUACUACAGCGAUCAAGUGACUGGUGAUGCAAUGACACAUCUGUACUCUGACACAUCUGACAUAUCUGUCUCUACUCAAGUGCAGUGACCUUAGUACUUGUUUGUACCUCCUGCCUGCAUGAAGGCCACAUUGUAAAACAUAACAGUGCUUCCAAUAACAGGGCUUCCAACUUUUACUGAUGCUAGUAACGAGAACCGCAGCAAAUGCUUGUCUGUCCUUUUUUUUUUUUUACGCAAGAAAGCUGUGUCUGUAGUGCAAAGAAUGACUGAACCUGGUGAAAUAAUUAUAGGUUGUGGCAUGUGACUUUGAGGAGUACAUUGAGUAAUGCCAGGCCUAAUUGUCAUGAACUCAAGUAUUGAAUGAGUACGUAGAAAUGGCUGGGCCCGCUGUCCCAGGCUGUCACAUAGUCCUCUGCUUACAAGCUGUGCCGACUUUGAGGCGAUUACAUUCCCUUCCAAAAAUUUUAUAAUAUCACAUGAGCAGCCACUGCAGAGCAUGCCACUGGUUUUGUAGCAGCAAGGAUUACUGUUCAAGCAAACAGGCCAGCAGAUGGCAGUCGAACUGGAAAUCACCUUGCAUGCUCACACAUACUGUCGCAAAUUUUACCACCCUUAACCGCUACAAGGCCGGUGACAUGUCACACAGUCGACGCUCAGGUGAUACUAUAUUUUUGGGUGGCUGUACAUAAGUCUUUUUGCAGUCCUCUCACAUCGCAAUGUGGCCACUUCAGUCAUAUCACGAAUCAAUGACCUUGAGCUCAGCAGCAGGACGCCAUAGCCUUCGAGCCCUCAUGUGAUGCACUUCAUAUUAUUUCAGUUGCAUGAUGUCAAGAUGGCAUCGCUAAACUUGCCUAGUCAGUACCACUCAUGGCAGUAAGUCAUUCUUGCAUUGGAUUUGGUGCUGUGAGGAUUGGGUGGUCUUAGUGCGGACUUAUUCCUGAUUUAUCCAGUUCUGUGCCACUGUUUCCCUGUGCGAUUUCUCAGACAUAUGGUUGUUGUGUUGUGAACAUUUGAAGUAUACAGUAGAAGUGUCGUAGUCAUUUUAUAUAGCUUUAAGGACUUGUCUCUCUUUCUUUUUUUCUCGCAAUGCACAUGGAUGCACCGUCACUGUUUUAUGGCUGGCAUUCUUGGAAGUAAAAGGAUUUGUUUGCUAUACA